GUGUGCAAUCUUCGCCUCUGGUUUUGGCUUGCGCUGCGUAAUUGGGCCCGGCUCGGUUUCAAUAUCUGCUUCCCUCCGAGCCAUCCACCACAACAUCUCCGACCCCAGCAGCGUCAUCCUGCCCUCCCCGACCACGCAUCGCCGGAUCUAUUGACUUAG